AUGGCAAAGCACCACCCGGAUUUGAUCAUGUGCCGCAAGCAGCCAGGGUUAGCAAUCGGUCGCCUAUGCGAGAGAGAUGAUGGCAAGUGUGUAAUUUGUGACUCUUACGUACGUCCGUGCACUCUGGUACGCAUCUGUGAUGAGUGUAAUUACGGUUCAUACCAAGGUCGGUGCGUUAUUUGCGGUGGCCCAGGAAUCUCGGACGCUUAUUACUGUCGGGAAUGUACGCAGCUGGAAAAAGAUCGUGAUGGUUGCCCCAAGAUUGUCAACCUCGGAAGCUCCAAGAUGGAUCUUUUUUACGAACGCAAGAAGUAUGGAUUUAAGAAACGCUGA